AUGGUGGAAACUCGGGAUUCCAUUCUUACCGUUUUGGUUCGCCAACACCUAACUGAGAAGCUCAAGCCAGAAUUAGAAGCAAAGGAAGCAAAAGCUAGAGUUGCAAAAGUUACUCUUGCGACACAGAUGUCACUAUUUCCUCCAUGGACUCCUAAACGAAUUGAGAAGGAAGAAAUAGAUGAUCCGAGCAUUAAAUGGUUGGAGCCAUCUGUUUCUUUUGAACUAAACAAUACUUUUGAUUCUCAACUUGACUUUCCUCUCACUCCGAAAGCCUUCUCAUUCCGAGACUUUGAACAUAUUGAGAAAGCUCUACUAUUAGAAUACGAUGUCAAUAAUAACUUUUUCUCAUUUUAUCUCAAGCAUGGUCAACCUUAG